UGUACUAGUGUCACCGUUCUCGUAGAUAAUAAUACACAGUUAACGGGAUUCUACUUCAACUUUAAACAGCUUUUAGAGAUAACACUAUCACGCUAUAAUAACAUUUGAUGAAAUUAUAGUUUAUUUUUAUUUGUUCGGGCUGUAAAAUACUUAAAACUAUCUUCGUAAGAAAAUAAUCUCGAGACUCAACGCGCGACCAGCACGCGACAUCGAGAACCGCUUCCUGAUUGGCUAAAUCGAUUAUUGGAGGUGGGACAAAGUGACUAUUGGAUUUUAAUUGGCAAUUAUUCUAUUGAUACAACUGGAUGCUGAAUCAUUUGACUAUUAACACUUAACUUGAACUAAUUUGACAAUAUUUGAUUCAAUUAAAUUGAGUGUGAUCACACGGGUACAAAGAAAUUCUAUUUUAUUAAACUGCAAAACGAAAAAUUGCCUUAAAACCGACAAAGACGGAAAUAUUUUUGUCUGUUUCUUUCAUCUGGUUUAAGUUUGUUAUAAAUGCAUCUCGAAAAUUGUUACAAAGCACUGUCAAAUAAAAUAGGUGCGAAAUCUAUACAUUAAGUAAAAGCGAACUGUGCAGGGCCAAAAGAAUUGUUAAAAGGAACUAUGGAAAGUUUUAUGUAUACAUUAGAUGACGAUGUAUUUGACAUUGAUUACUAUGAAAGUUCAGUGGAUUACAGCGAUGAAAUCGCGUCAACAGGAUCGAACGAAAGUGACAUUGAAAACGUUCCGUUAAAUUCCUGCAGCUUCGGGAAAAAAUCUGGAAAAUUCAUCGGAAAGAAAGUUCAGCAAAGAAAAGCGGCGAACAUGCGCGAACGUCGCCGAAUGAAAUCCAUAAACGAUGCGUUCGAUUGCCUAAGAAAAUGUAUUCCAGUGGCGGAAUCUGUGGACAGAAAAUUAUCAAAAGUGGACACGCUAAAACUGGCCAUGAGUUAUAUCAAAUACUUGGCAGACGUUAUAAAAACGACUAAUGACUUUACCACAAGUGGGCGUAUUCAUAACCUUGACAGAAAACAAGACAAAGUGAUUCUACGAUGUCAGUAUUCAGGGAAUGACCUUGACCACUGUGAAAGCCCGUUGCUAGGACACUCUCUUGCAUGGUUCGAUGAGAAGCAGACGACACCAAAAGACAAUAAACUUUCCGCCAAAAUCUGGUUCCCUCAUUAUGCAAAUGACGCUGACCUUAUCAAUAUUGCAAAUUACACGAACGAUUUUACCAAACAUUUUACGUGAUGCACGAGACAGUUGAAAGGAAAUGAAUUGUCAUAUUUAUUUUAUUUAUGACUUAGCAAAGUAUAAUGAUAUAGACAGAGAAUAUUACGUUACUGUCCUUCUGAAUUAGAGUUUAUUUGGCAUGUCGGAGAAAAGUUUAUCCACCUGAAGUGUUGCUAUUGUUCAUGGAUAAUAUAGAAUAAUGCUUAAGCCGUUGCAGGGGUGGGUGGGGUGUUGUACAUUUCGUGACCUGAAUACCUCCAAUGAGUAGCCUCAAGAAAAUCGUGUUUGCUUGAUAGCGUUCUAUGCUUCCAAAAGACCUUCUUAUAGAUUUUAUCAAAUUCAGAAUGACAAUAACCAUUAUAUUAUAUUUAUCCUGUUUUUCAUUAAAAUGAAAACCUA